CUCGGCGUGGAGUCCGCCGUAGGAUAUAUCAGCAGCGUGGCGAACCCCGAGGACUACUCCAUGUUUGUCGUACUCGACAUUGUGCAGGCCGAGACGAUGGGGCAGAUAUCACGAACCGGCUUUGUAAAAGGGUGGUCCCAACAAAAAGUCGCCGCGAACCCAAAAUCCCACAAGGCACACGUGCAACGACUCUGUAAGCAAGUGGUCACCGAUCCGGCCUACUUCAAGAAGCUCUACGACCUCGCAUUCCGCAUCGGCAAGGAACCCCAGCAGAGGGCGUUGGAUAUGGAAUCGGCCAUUACCUUUUGGGGCGUGCUGUUUGAGCCGACAAUGCAUUCCUGGCGGUCCCCCAAGGUCAACUGGCUCGAGGCAUGGAGCGGGUUCCUGAGGGGCAAGUUUUACGUCGAGAACGGCAACAGCAGCAGGUGGACGCGGACUGUUAGCAGGGAUCUGUGGACCCAGACUGCCGCGUUUGCUGCCAGGACGAUGGAGGACGAAUCGCUGGGGUUUUGGUCCGAGGAGCAGGCCUGGCCGGGGCUUAUUGAUGAGUUUGUGGUUUGGUGUCGGGAGAAGGGGAUUGUGCCGGGUAAGAAGGAGAAGGGUAUGGAGGUGGACGAUUAG